AUGGCACCAAUAAUUUCAUCGUCACAUUUAACAACAGAAAAAAGUUUUCGAAGAUUAUUAUUAUCAACUGAAAAACUUCUAGAAGCAAAAUCUAUUGAAGAUUGGAAACUUAGUCAAGCAGAUCAAACAUUUCCUCGACAAAUUAUUCAACAGAUAUCAACAGAUAUAUCUGUAAAAGAACAGCAAGUUGAAGUGACAACUACUGCAAUAGCUUCUACUGAAAUAGAAAAAAAUCUGAAUGCAUCAAAUAAACCUAGUCGUCCAAAUUUAAAUCGACAACAACAACAUAUACAAUCUGAAGAAGAUAAACAAGAUGAAAUAGCUACCUCAAUGAGAGUAACAACUAAAAGUCUUUUAAAUAAUGCAAAACUUCUUCAUGAUGUUGUUAUAAGUGAUCAAAAAAAAAUUACUGAAGCAGAAAAUUUAAUUGAUAAUAAUACAGCUAAACUCACAAUACAAGGCAAACGUUUAAAACACAAUGCAUAUAACGCAUCUAAUUGUUGGAUAUAUUUAAUGCUUAUUAUUGUUAUUAUUACAUUUAUUUAUUUAACAUUAUUUAUGCGAAUGUUUCGUAAACGAACAGUCACAAUAAUACAUUCAAAUACUGGUUCGAAAUCAAGUUCAUUAAAUCUUUCUAAUAAUGAAACAAUAAUUAACACUUCAAAUAUAACAACAACGACGAAAUCUACAGACUAUAUAAGUUUAUUAUUAAAUUAUGCGAAUGAAAAUCAUACAGAUUUAUAA